CCCUUCCGAUUCCAUCAUCAACCAAACCGCCCAUUUCUUCCACCAGCAACCAGAGUCCCCACCGAUCCGACCGACAAUGUCGCUGAUCCGCCGCAGCAACGUGUUCGACCCCUUCUCCCUCGAUCUCUUCGACCCCUUUGACGGCUUCCCCUUCGGCUCCGGUAGCAGCAGCGGCGGCAGCCUCGUCCCGCGCACCUCCUCUGACACGGCGGCCUUCGCUGGUGCGCGCAUCGACUGGAAGGAGACCCCCGAGGCACACGUGUUCAAGGCGGAUGUGCCGGGGCUGAAGAAGGAGGAGGUCAAGGUGGAAGUGGAGGACGGCAACGUUUUGCAGAUCAGCGGCGAGAGGAACAAGGAGCAGGAAGAGAAGACGGACACCUGGCACCGGGUGGAGCGCAGCAGCGGCAAGUUCCUCCGCAGGUUCAGGCUGCCGGAGAACGCCAAGACGGAGCAGGUGAAGGCGUCCAUGGAGAACGGCGUGCUCACCGUCACCGUGCCCAAGGAGGAGGCCAAGAAGCCCGAGGUCAAGUCCAUUCAGAUCUCCGGUUAA